AUGGCUUUCACAUUCCACGUUCCCAAGUUUAUCCAAUCUGCCAAGUCUUCCAGGAAAUCCUCAAAGUCUUCUUCAAGAGCUUCCUCUGUGAACGAACAAGCCCCAUCCACUGUUCCUGCAUACCACCAAAAGUAUCUUUACGAUCCUAUGCGUUACAAUCAACGUCCUGAUUACGUUGGCUCCUUUGUUGAUCCCAUGGGUGGUCGUGCUUACUAUGGCCAAAGCUACGAUGUUACCAAUACUGGUGCUUAA